CACCACUCCUUGGGAAGCUGUGGGAGGGUGGGUAGGUCUAAAAGAAUGUUCCUUUCUGGCUUGAAGUGCCCCAGCCAAGAAGCCUUGGUCUCAGCAGCCAGACCCCUAUGUUAAUCUCAUGACCCGAAAGGAGAAGGACUGGGUGAUUAAAGUACAGAUGGUUCAGCUGCAGAGUGAGAACCCCCACCUGGAUGACUACUACUAUCAGGAAUAUUAUCAGAAACUAGAGAAAAAGCAGACAGAUGAAGAACUACUUGGGCGAAGGAGCAAGUUUGAAUCACUCAAGCUGGUAACACCCUACAUUCAGAAGGCAGAGGCUUAUGAGUCAGUGGUUCGAAUCGAGGGUUCCCUGGGCCAAGUAGCUGUGUCAACGUGUUUUAGCCCUCGCCGAGCUAUUGAUGCUGUACCCCAUGGAUCUCAAGAUCAGGAGACAGGAGCUGCAAGCAGUCAGAGGCUUCAAGUGUUGGCCCGGAUUGAAAAGAUGUUUCUUCAGUUGCUGGAGAUAGAGGGCCAGAAGGACGGGCUGCCGCAGCCCUGCUCCUCUGAACAAUGGAACAACCAGAUUGAGAAGCUCUUCCAAGCCUUAAGGACCCCAGAGCAGAAUACUCUGGAGGAGGCAGCAGAUGGCUUCCUGCAGGUGCUCUCCGUGAGGAAGGGGAAAGCUCUAGUGGCAAGGCUGCUCCCUCUCCUGCCCCAGGAUCGAGCUGUUAGCCUUCUUCUGGCGAUCACCCACCAUUUGCCCCUCCUAGUCAGGAGGGAUGUAGCUGAUCAGGCUCUACAAAUGUUAUUCAAACCCCUGGGCAAAUGUAUCAGUCACUUGACCUUCCACGAACUCCUCCAAGGACUUCAGGGUCUAAUGCUAUUUCCACCUGGCUCCUCAGAGAGGCCGGUCACUCUGGUACUUCAGAACCAGUUUGGAAUAUCUUUGCUCUAUGCCCUACUAAGUCACGGGGAGCAGCUGGUGUCCCUAGAGUCCUCCCUUGAGGAGCCCAGCAGUGAUCAUAGAGCUUGGACUGACAUGGUGGUUCUGAUUGCCUGGGAGAUAGCCCAGAUGCCAACAGCAUCUCUAGCAGAACCCCUAGCCUUCCCCAACAACCUUCUUCCUCUGUUCUGUCACCAUGUGGACAAACCCUUGGUACAGCACCUAGAAGCUAGGAUGGAAUAAGUGAUGGUAGAAAUGAGGUUAUAGCCCCUUGUUCAAGCCCUGUAUAGGUUCUGUCAUUUCUUUUAAGCCAAGAAUAUGGAGGAUAACUUGUAUUUUGAAGUAGUUCUAGACACUUUAGCAUUUACCCAGUAAUCUGUCUGUCUGGGUUAGGGUCCUGAAGCCUAUUUCUUCAGCCAAACCUUUUAGUUUAUUCCCAGAUCCUUUGCUCAUCGAUCAUGCUAAGCUACCUAAGGGCAAGGAUUAAUAUGAGAAGCUGAAUUGUUAAUUGAAGAAAUAUUUGAGGGACAAAUCUAAAAGUAUGAAUGACAUGAAGGUCACUUCUGUUCUCAGAAUUUCCCAGCUGCUGGAAAGAGAUAGUAAUCAAAUUACACGAAUACUUUAGAAAAUAGAAUUGUUUACUGUUAAGAAUCUGUUCUUUGUAGGCUUGCUUGGGUCUACUAAUCCAGUUCUGAAAUACAUAUAUGUGGGAAAAUUUAAUCAUCAGACACUAGCAGUAUGGGCUAGGUCUACAGGGAUCCAGAGAGUCUGAGGACAUUUUUUUAUGUCUUGAUAUAUUGUAGGAUCUCACCCAGAACAUUUCCUUAUGUUCUCCUUAAAAACCUGAAUGAUAUGUCUAAAACUCAUGACACAAUAAGGUUUAAUUAAAGAGAUAAUGGAAUGAUGUGUUGAAAUUUGUCAUAAGUUAGGAGGUAAAAUGAAAACCAUUUUCUUAUGUAUGAAUGCCUCCAACAUGUCCUUAAUAAAAGGGAUAAGGCCUUGUUAUGUCUAACAAUAUGACCUUGGAAAUUCCUUCUCUGUUUGUUUGUUUGUUUGUUUGUUUUUUAAAU